AUGUCGCCGGCCCGCACGCUGAGCCCAGAAGACAUGCCCCGACAUGAGGUUUCCCUCGGGGGCCUGUGGUCACCCAAGAGCCCCCGGAGACAGCAGAGGAGGCACAGGAAGCGCAGGGUAGAUGAUUUGAGUCUUGCGGAUGAUCUCAAGACGUUGUGGGAGACAAGAUGGAAGUCAGCUUGCAAACGGCAAGCUCACCCCUUUCAAGACGCCUCAUAUCUCGAGGUCGCCACCCUCAUAACAUCCCUCAUCCAGCGCGGCAUCACCUCGGCCCGCGCCCAGGCCUACACCGAGGCCUUUCUGCAACUGGCAGAGUCGCACGCCAAAGACGCGAGGGCCUCUCUGCUCAGCCCAGGCAACGCCGAGCGCGCAGCAACCCUUUUCCUCCGCGCGUGUGCCCUCGCUCGCGUCGCGAGGUUUCCCUCCUCUCCUUCCCCUGCGUCUUCAUCACAGAGAAGAGGAGGAGACAACGACAACAACAACAACAACAACAACGAGGCGGCGGCGGCGGCGGCGGACAGUGAGAACCUCAAGAAGAUGGCCUACGAGCUGCAAAAGGCCUACUACGUCGAGGCGGCCGGCCUGAGUGGCCUCAACAGCCCGCUGGACGAGGUGCUCAUCCCCCACAUCCACGACGCGGCCACGCACCCGGACGUGGCUGGGAUGGCCCCCGGUGGUGGUGUAAGGCAGCGUCUGGACGAGGUGCAGCCGGCCGUCCGGCGCCCGCAGAUCCCAGCCUUUGUGCGUGUGCCUCUCGAGACGCUCCUGACGGGCCGGCAGUGUCCAGUGGCGGUGAUUCUGUCGCAGGACCGCACAGGACACACGAGGACGUGCGAGGAUGUCCUGGACAGAGGGUGGGCGUGUGUGGUGGUGGAGGUGCCCGCGGCAGCGGCGGCGGCGGCGGGGCGGCGCCAAGGGAGACAACAGCAGCAGCAGCAGCAGCAGCAGCAGCAGCAGCAGCAGCAGGAAAAGGAAGACGACCAAGAGGACGAGCAGGAGAGGAUGUGGAGGAGCGUGCUGGACUGGAUGGGCGCCAUGUUCUUCUUUGACAUGGACAAGGUGGUGGCCAUGGCCGAGGGGGACGUCGCGGUGCGGAUGGCGAGCGGCGCGCACGGGGAGAGGAUCAAGGGCGUGGUCGCGUAUGAUGCCGACGAGCAAGACCAGCAGCACGCUGGCAACAACGACCAGAACCUCUUCAACGACAAGACCGUCCCGCUCUGCAGGGCGCUGGUCGUGAGCGGGCGGGUGCGGUGGACGGUGCAGUCGGAUGGUCUCUGGACGCCACCGCUCCAAGACGAGGACGAGGAGAUGGAAGAGGGUGGUGAGAGCGAGACCUCGUCGUGGUCUCCGUCUCCGUCCCCAUCGCUGGAGCUGUGGUCUAUGUCUGGAUGGAGGCGGUGGUGAACUCGAGAGCGAGCGAGAUUGAAGAAGAGGGCGGCGUCCACUAUCAUCUUCUCAACAGCAAUCUCGCCUUUGUUGAGGAGUCUGCGCGCCACAAGGGGAAGGGGUCGAUGGCCACGACGAUGAUGAUGAUGCCGCAGUGGUUCGCCAUGGAUCUCACGCCGCCUACCUCGGAUGUCGACGUGGCCAGCUCUCUGGGUUCCUUGUACUAAAGCAAUUCAUGUUGUAAGAUGUUUGGUUGUCCACUCAGUUUAAGCUCUUUUUCAAU